UUUUUUAAUAAAAUUAAUUAUUUUAAUAUAUAAACAUACAUACAUUAUAUACCUGAUAUAAUACUGAUUGUUUGGGCCGGGACGGUACAAAUAUAGACCGUGCGCCCGGUACCACUUAGAUUUCGCGCAACGCUCACACACCGACCGACUUUUGUAUUUGUGUGUAUAUAAUAUGUUAUAGCUCAGCUAGAAUUGGUUGGGUUCGCCGCGCAAAUACUAGUGAGCUAUGUGGUGUGGUGAUGUGUAAGGUGUGUAUAUGUGUGAGUGUGUAUGCUUAAAAACUAAUGACAAAAAAGGUAACUCUGAUAAAUAAUGGGUAACACGGUUGCUGGUAGUAAGUUGAUGUUGCUGUAUAAUACACAAUAAUAAAUUCACAAAAUAUAAAAAUCACAGCAACACUAAGUAUAAAAAUAUAGAUUAUAAUAUACAACCCUUUUGACCUAACUAAAUAUUUGCAAUUACAAAAUAUAAUAAUAAUAAUAUAAUAAAACUCACGGAUAUGACGGUGCUCGGCUGGCCAGCUGCUACCUAUCCUAUAUAAUAUUGAAAAUAAUAAUAAUAAUGAUACAAUAUUUGACGAUUAGCGCCCACACACAAUAAAAAUCUUAACUGGCGAUUCGCGCCUACGAAAACAAUAAUAAUAUUUGGCGAUUUGCGCCUUAACACAUUGAUAAUAAUAAUAAUAAUACAAUAUUUGACGAUUAGCGCCCACACACAAUAAAAAUCUUAACUGGCGAUUCGCGCCUACGAAAACAAUAAUAAUAUUUGGCGAUUUGCGCCUUAACACAUUGAUAAUAAUAAUAAUAUUUGUGGCGAUUCGCGCCCCGCACAAUACAGAUUUAUAUUAUAUAAUAAAAAACGGCGAUUCGCGCACGGAAAUUAUUAUUUACUCAUUCCUCGUUUACAAUGAAUAACGGACUAAAGAUUUCGGCGGCCGUGCUAAACGUACCGGCUCGUUCGACUUUUCUAAUCUGCAUAUUAUAUAACUCACAGCUGACACAAUUAUAACAAAAAUAAAAACAAUAAUAUCAACAUAAUAUGGGGACGAACAGGUAACAGAUAUGUGUGUGUGUGUGUGUGAGUGUAUGCGUGUGCCGGCCGGUGGCGAGAUAUGCGCGUUACGGUCUUAACACUGAUAAUUGUUUUUUUUUCAGAACAAAAAUGCAUACGUAUACCAAAAAGUAUGUCGAUGGCUUGAUGAAAAAAAGUAUGUUUACUGAAGUUGAAGUUUCUUUGAUGAAAUUAACUAAAGAAGACAUAGAAAAUUUUAAAUUGAGCUUGAUUAAAAAGAAGGAUAAUAUACCCAAAGAAGAAGUUAUAAAUGAUGAACCUGCUGAAAAAAAACAGAAGUUGAAUAGAAAUGGAAUAGAUGUUUUUAAAUCGGUAUUAUCUAGAGAGAGUGAAACUCAUAAAUUUGAAUCACAAUUGAAUUCUUCAUUGAAACCCAUUAAGAAAACUGCUUUUACCAAUAUGGAGGAAGUACCCACAGUUAUCGAUUGCGAUGAAUCUACUAAAUCUGGAAAUUCUUCAGCUAAAAAUGUAUGGCCAAGGAUCAACGUCAUUGAUGUUAGGAAAAUGAUGGAAAAAGAUAAAUACAUAAAUUGGAUGAACACUUUAGGCAUAAAACCCAAGCUUAUAAAAAAUGGCAACACCAAUUUAGUAGUUGCUAAACCCUCUACAAGCAAAAUUAAUCCUUCUUCACAUAGCACAAAAGUAAAUGGACUUAAAUACCCUUUGAAUGACGAAAACAAUGUAGGAGGGAAUUUAAUUGAAAUCGAAAAAAUACUUAAAAAGUAUUUUGGAAGAUCUGUACUAAAUACUGUAGUAGUUAUUGCAAAUAUAGUCAACAUAAUUUCAAUAUCUAACAAGCAUCUCAAAGAACAAAUGGAUGAAGCUAUUAAGAAAAUAUCUGAAGCGGAAAAACUUAAAGUGAGAUGUGAUGCCUACCGUACACACGAAAUGCAUAAAAAAAUUCUAGAAACAAAGUUGAAAACUAAUUUUGAAUACAUCAUUUCAUCUUUUGCAGAAUCAGAAUUUGAUUUAGCAUUUAAAUUGCUUUUUCUAAGUAUUUUAACUGUACUUCGAAUCUUGGAUCAGCCAAAAUAUGGAAAAGCUCGAAUCUUCAACAAAUUGUUACUCACAUUAUCGACUAGUUUGAAAAACGGUGAAUAUAACCAUCCUAAAAUGUUAUCAAUAUUCCGGUCAAGGAAACUUCGACCUGAAUGUAUUGAAAUAAUAAAAAUAAUUGAAGAUCGUCGGGAUAGUGACCCUGAAAUCGUCAUUCGCAUGCCAUUGUUUUUUGUAUCAUCAGUAGACAAGCGGCAAUAUUUUCAAGCAGCUACUGAUAUUGUAACUGGUAAAUUGAACGAAAACCUGGAAUUAUUAAUUGACGAUGCAAUUCUUCAAUGUUCCAUUGAUUCAAAAUGUAAAAAUGUUGUGGAUUCUUCAACUGUAAAACUUUCAAAUUGUAAAUUACCGGUAACAAAAACUAUUCAAAGCCCUAUCAACUGUGGUAUAAUAACUGAACCAACGUUCCAAUUCAAAAAUCUAAACAAACUAAUACCUGCGCUAAAUGUUAAUAAGGUCCGAACCAUUGGUAAUGCCGGAGUAGAACCGUCGAUUGAAACGACCCAGCGAUUAAAUAACUUCUACAAUCCAUUUUCUUCUUCACCACAAAAAGAAAUGUCAGAAUCGUCUAGUUCUACAGUGAUGCCAAUACAAAAAUGCACAGUUCUUACGCCAAUUAUUUCAAAUAGUCCUUUGUACUUGCAUCAAACAGCAUCAUCGUCAGAUACUGCAACUCCAGUACCAUCAAAAAGAUUAUUUUUGAUACCCAACACAUCAAUUCAGAAUAUAAAAACAGAACCAGACAGUUCUCCUCAUAUAACUCAAGGAAACACUAUUGUAAUUAAUAAACAAACUUACAAAAUAGGCAGGUUGCCACCAACUAGAAAGAGAUCAGUAGACGUUGGUACUCAUCUAGCUGGGAAACAACCGACAACUGAUGUUAUCAAAUGCUACAUGAAUAAAUGUGAAAAUUCUGCAAAAAUAAUGUGCAGCAAUUGUAAAAUUGUGAAAUACUGUUCCUUGAGCUGCCAACAACAACACUGGAUAAUUAAACAUAUAGAUGAAUGUGAUAAUCUGAGAAGACUGAACCAGGCUCUACCCUAAACUUUCCAUCACCUAUAUAAAUAAUUACAAUAUCGUAUAUUAAAAAAAAUUAAAACCCUUAUAAAUGGGAUUUUACUAUUUAUUAUUUUUUUUUUUUAAUACUCUGGUAUUCAUUAUUUAAAUAAUUCGGGUGGUCUUUAUAAAAAAGUUUAAAAGUCAUCAUAAAACACGUUUGUUUAGAUUUAAAGUAUAUCAAUAUCUAUGAAAUAUAGCGCGGGUCUCACACUUUAACAUUGAUAUUGUUUAAUGAGAAACAGGCGUUUGAAAAUAUUAUUGUGACAGCAUAGCCGAAGCCUGAAAGGCGACGUAUGUAUCACAUGUAAAAGUGUCUAGAUUAAUACAACAAUUGAAUCGGUCAUUUGGAAAAUGACAUAUUCCCAUAAAAUGAAAAUUUUCAGGAAACGUAAAAAACUGUUUUUAUAGAUCAAAAUUAAAUUUAGAUAAAAAUUGAAUAAUGGUUGAAGUAUUUGAUUCCCUUAUAAAAAACCAACUAUGAUAUAAUAUUGAUUAUUUUUACCUACUAGAUUAUUUUAUGAGGGAAUGAACGUGUUUGAGAUAUGACCUUUUCCAAUGGAUUGUAAAUUUUCAUUAAUUAUGACCUCGUGACUGAUAAAUUGUUUAUUGUAUAUCAUAUAAAAUUAAAUAAUUAGUCUUACAGAAUACACUUUGUAUUCUUUGUAAUAAUUUUAUUUAUGAACUUCAUAAUCACUUCUUUUUAGUUAAUUUUUU